AUGGCCUGGUUGAAAAAGCUGGCCCUCGUCUUGUUGGCAAUCGUGCCAUAUGCCACGGCUUCUCCGGCCCUCAGCCCCAGGUCCCGUGAGAUUCUGAGCCUCGAAGAUCUCGAAUCCGAGGACAAGUACGUCAUCGGCCUGAAGCAGGGCCUGUCGCCCACGGACUUGAAGAAGCAUCUACUGCGCGUCUCCGCCGUCCAAUAUCGCAACAAGAACAGCACGUUCGAAGGCGGCACUGGCGUCAAGAGGACGUAUGCCAUCGGCGACUACCGGGCAUACACUGCCGUCCUCGAUCGAGACACGGUUCGAGAGAUUUGGAACGAUACUCUUGAGAAGCCGCCCUGGGGCCUUGCAACGCUCUCGAACAAGAAGCCACACGGAUUCCUGUACCGCUACGACAAGAGCGCGGGCGAGGGAACCUUUGCCUACGUGCUGGACACGGGCAUCAACUCCAAGCACGUGGACUUUGAGGGCCGCGCCUACAUGGGGUUCAGUCCGCCCAAGACGGAGCCGACGGACAUUAACGGACACGGGACUCAUGUUGCGGGCAUCAUCGGCGGCAAGACCUUUGGCGUGGCCAAGAAGACGCAGCUCAUCGGCGUCAAGGUGUUUCUGGAUGAUGAGGCGACGACGUCGACGCUGAUGGAGGGGCUCGAGUGGGCAGUCAAUGACAUUACGACAAAGGGCCGCCAGGGCCGUUCUGUCAUUAACAUGUCUCUUGGAGGACCCUAUUCGCAAGCGUUGAACGACGCCAUCGACCACAUCGCCGACAUGGGGAUCCUCCCGGUUGCUGCUGCGGGAAACAAGGGCAUUCCGGCCACGUUCAUCUCGCCCGCUUCCGCCGACAAGGCGAUGACGGUGGGCGCCAUCAACUCGGACUGGCAAGAGACCAACUUUUCCAACUUUGGCCCCCAGGUCAACAUUUUGGCGCCCGGAGAAGACGUCUUGUCGGCGUAUGUGAGCACAAACACGGCGACGCGCGUGCUAUCGGGCACUUCGAUGGCGGCGCCUCACGUUGCCGGACUGGCGCUGUACCUGAUGGCGUUGGAGGAGUUUGACUCGACGCAGAAGCUGACGGACCGCAUAUUGCAGCUGGGGAUGAAAAACAAGGUGGUCAACCUGAUGACGGACUCGCCCAACCUGAUUAUUCACAACAAUGUCAAAUGA